AGUUGGAGGCUGGCGACAAAUUGUCACACACGAUCGGGGAGGCGCUCGUGCGUUAUCGCUUGUCCGAUCGGCCUUCGUCCUUCGUUAUGCACAGAGCGGCGCAGCACGACAGUCUUGGUACUCCUCACGAGCCGAACGCUCAAGUCUGUGUAUUCUUCCAUUAUUAUUACCAAUAUAUCUUUUUCACUAGUUCUUACAAUACUUUGAUAUUACUCCUAUUAUAAAGUGGAAUGUCGAAAUUACUCUGACAAGAUUAACUUUACAGUAUUGUAGGAAAAAGGAUUUAACACUGCACAGUUAACAAAAUAAGCAACGAGGAUUUCGCGCAACGUUGAAACUAAAAUAAAAGUACAUAAUCAAAAUUUUUUCAACUUAUAAACAAAUAUACCUCAAAGAUAUUUGCAAAACUCAUUUGGCACAAGAGUGACAAUAACGAUAAUGGAAGAUAAAAGUCUAAGGGAAAUACUUGCAGUAAAAGAUUCGACAAAAAUAACGAAAUCGAACGAGCUGUCUGAUAUCGGACCGUUAAAAUUAAAGGUGUAUAAAAAGAGAUGGCUAAUGCUAAUUCUCUACAUGAUUUAUGCUGGAGUAAAUUCUCAAUGGAUUGAAUACGCGAUUAUAACUAAUAUAGUUACUAGGUAUUACGGAGUGUCUUCGUUAAUGGUUGACUGGACUUCGAUGAUAUUCAUGGCGAUUUAUGUGGUGUUUGCAUUUCCAGCGUUGUACGUGAUAGACAAGUGCGGUCUACGAUGGACCAUUAUUAUAGGCACCGCGUUAAACUGUCUGGGUGGUUGGAUAAAAACUUUUUCCGUUAAUCCCGACAAGUUUUACGUUCUUUUUAUUGGUCACUCGGUAGUCGCGCUAGCACAGACUGUGGUCCUGCCGCUACCGGGACACUUGGCCGCGCAAUGGUUUCCUUCUACCGAACUGUCAACCGCCACGUCUUUAGGUAUUUUUGGCAAUCAAUUGGGAAUAGCAUUGGGUUUUCUCUUAGUGCCUAUAAUGGUAAAAAAUCAUGAUAGUCUGGAUAAUAUCGGCAAAGAUUUGACAAGGUUAUGCUGGAUCAUUGCAAUCAUUGGCACGAUUGUAUUCGGACUGGUUCUUGUACUAUUUCAGAACGAACCGAAACUACCGCCGAGCGAGACGCGGGCGCUGCAAAAAUUGAAUCGGGCUAAGAAAAAAGAAGAGAUUAUGGCGCCGAUUAAAAGGCUCUCUAAGAACAAAAAUUACAUGAUGCUCUGUAAUUGCUACGGUUUAAAUGUCGGCGUACUGAAUACUGUGUCUACGUUACUCAAUCAAAUAUUUCUCGCACACUUCGAGAAUGGAGAAGAAGACGCAGGCAGAAUUGGCUUAGCUAUAAUUCUGACUGGCAUGGCAGGAUCCGUUAGUUUCGGUAUCAUUCUUGAUAAGACGCACAAAUUCAAAAAAACUGCCGUAACUGUAUAUUUUCUUACAUUUGUUGGUCAAGUAUUAUUCGCGGUGUCUAUUUGCAUGGGUAUAAAAUGGAUGGUAUACGUAUUGGCAAUAUUCUUAGGGUUUUUCAUGUUAGGAUAUCUGACAUUGGGAUACGAAUUAAGCACUGAAUUUACGUAUCCGGAAUCAGAGAACAUAUCUGCCGGAUUUCUUUAUAUAACAUCCUCCAUAUACGGCAUCAUUCUCAUUACAAUAUUUGGAAUAAUACUAAACGCAUAUGGCGAUAUUCCGGUGCACAUCGGUUUAUGCUUGACUUUGCUACUCGGUUCUAUCUUAACCGCAGUAACGAAAGACGAGCAAAGACGACAAGAUGCGAGAAAGAAGGCUCAAUACAAAGAAGUCGUAAAAAUGGAGAACGUCGACGGUGUUCCAGAAACUGACUCCUCCUAUACAUUAAAAUAAAUGGUUAAAAAAAAAAUAAAUCUCACAUUGUGCGCAGAUAAAUAUUACGCGUCGCUUUUCACAAGACAGCAGAACCGUAAAUGUAUUACAUUUUUUUUACGAAAAAAACUCUUGCCAACAAGUAAUAUAGCAUACUUUUAUAUUGCACCCACCAUAAAAUGGAAUGAGUUUAUUACGACCAGAUUAACUUUAUAGUAUUGUAGGAAAAACGAUUUAACACUGCAUGGUUAACAAAAUAAGCAACGAGGAUUUUGCGGAACGUUGAAACUAAAAUGUCAUUAUUUUUUUUUUUUAAGAAGUAUAAAUGAUUAAUGUCAGAUUAAUUUGUUCUACGCCCAUGGACUGAAAUAUUUCAAGCGCCCUUUUAUAUGUGAUGCAUUUGGAUAAAUUUUUCUUUAAUUUGUUAUGUAUUUGAUAUCAAUUUAAAAUUUGAUUUUCUCAAAAUCUUAUUAGUAAAUCCUGUAUUUAUUUGUACUUGAGUACAAUAAAAAAUAAAAAUACAAAAAUAUGUGUGGAAGAUACAAAUAGAAUAUAUCAAAAUA